AUGGACGCCACCAACAACACCAGCACAGGUGGUCGCUCCUGGGAUAUCGACAUAACCAUGGGGAACCAGCUGUUCCUUGAUCAACUGCCUCUCGAGUUGCUUCCCAUGGAGCAUCAUCCCCAAACCCAUCAGCUUCCCUCCUCCACGGGAUUGCCCGUACUCCAAGAGGGAAACCCGAUCCGGAGAGAUGCGGCAGAUGGGCGCCAUGGAGGAGGAGGAGACGAAGAAGAGGAAGAGGAAGAAGAGAAUUUGGGUCCCAUGAAGGAGAUGAUGUACAGGAUUGCUUCCAUGCAGCCAGUCGACAUAGACCCCGCCACUAUCAAGAAGCCCAAGCGGAGGAACGUCCACAUCAGCGACGACCCGCAAAGCACUGCGGCGCGCCACCGUCGCGAGAGAAUAAGCGAGCGGAUAAGAAUCCUUCAGAGGCUGGUUCCAGGGGGCACCAAGCUGGACACCGCCUCCAUGCUCGACGAGGCCAUCCGCUAUGUCAAGUACCUCAAGAGGCAGGUGCAAGUUCUAGAGUCUACCCAGGUCAACCCCCCCGAGGGCACAGUCGGCGGGCAUCUUGCACCCGCCGACAACUGGGCCUGCACGGGAGCGGAAUCUCUGGAUCCUACCUCCGGCGCCGCCGCCGCUUCAUCUAGCAUAGGCAUCAGUGAAGACGGAAGCUCCGCCGUUCCCGCCGCCUCCACAGCUCCUAGCACAGUGUUCUCCUUCCCCCACGAUGGAUCUUACAGCCAUAUGCAUUUACCCUUCAGCUAA